AUGAUCAAAUAUAAGUUGAACUUUGAUAAAGGAGUUUUCCAGGAUCCUCGCCAUUUUCGGCACGAUUUACCAGUAAGAGGAGUAUGUCUAAAUUGGUGUCAAUUAGGUGACUCUUAUAUGCCUGGAGAGGAUUUAUCCAGGCAAUAUAAUAAAUUAGAAGUAAAACCAAAUUUAGUUCAAAAUUCUUCAUUAGAAGAAACUUUAGAUAGAUGUCUGCAGCGCGAAUUCAAACAAUAUGGAAUUAGAGCAGAAAUUCUCAGGGUUGGGUGCAGAACUGGAGAAAGGCCGGAUAGAGAUGCUCUAGAUUGGAUCGUAACAUUUAUCUGUUUCCUAUUAGCAAUUCUAUGUAUUUGGGCAACAGUUUUCGAAUUUUUAAACAGACGGAAAAGCCAAGAUAUAAACUACUAUAAAAAGCCUUUGAAAACACCAUGUGCGAGAUUACUAUCAUGUUUUUCAGUAAAGCGAAACUAUUUUCGCCUAGUCACUACUGUAGAUGAAGAAAAUAAAUUAUUUCGUAGUAUUCAGGGAAUUCGGUUCCUGACAAUGGCCAGUAUUGUCAAUGGUCAUUCUUUGAUGUAUGGUGCAGACCAUCUACCCAUCAGGAACACUAAUUACAUAGAAGAGCUCUAUUCAGUACCCACCACACAAUUUAUAAUAAAUGGAACUAAUUGCGUGCAAGCUUAUUUAGGAAUAAGUGCACUUUUGAUGGCUAAUGGAUUAAUAGAAUAUUCUAAAAAGCAUAAAGUUAAUUUUCAAAUGUACAUAGUUGCAGCAAUAUAUAGAUACAUUAGGUUAACUAUUCCAAUGGCAGCAAUGAUACUAAUUUCAGCAACCUGGAGUGUCCAUUUUGGAGACGGUCCAUUUUGGAAUGAAAUUGUAGGAAAUGAAAGAAAAUUCUGUAGAACUAAUUGGUGGGCUAAUAUAUUUUACAUCAAUAACUACUUUAGUACAGACGCUUGUCUGCAGCAGACUUGGUAUUUGGCAGCAGAUACCCAGUUGUUUAUGGUUAUGAUGCCGGUAGUAAUAAUAUGUAUUAAAUACCCAAGACUAAUGAGAUAUAUUUUGGGUUCCUUGUUAGUUGUAUCUUUGAUAAUUCCAGCUGUGAUAACUUAUGUUAAUAACUAUUUUCCUGGUCCACAAUUAUACCCAGAAAUAAUUCGAAAUCUACUAUAUGUCAAUGCUGAAUAUCGUGACGUCUACGUUCCUGGUCAUACUAAUGGAUCCACUUACAUAAUUGGAAUAAUAUUUGCUUUUCUUCUGGAAUAUUUGAAAGAGCAUAAAAUUGAUAUGAAGAAGAAGAAGUGGUUUGUGACCCUAUGGUUGCUCCUGGUACCAAUUGGUCUUCUCAAUCUUCUUUCUGGUUAUGUUUUUUACCGAGAUGGUUUUGAAAUCGAUGCCACUGUGUCUGCUAUCUAUGUGACAUACUACAAAGUUAUCUAUGGCGUUAUGGUGGGAAUAUUUACUGUUGGAGCUGCUCACGGAAUUGGAUGGUGGGGUUUGGACUUUUUAUGUUGGGGUCCAAUGCAAGGGUUGGGAAGACUAUCGUAUGCUGCCUAUUUGAUACAUCCUUUGCUUCUUAGAGUGCUGCAUGCCAAUGUCCGGGUGCCACUUUAUUUAACAGAAACAUUCUUUAUGGAUCAAACAGUAUCUGCGAUAUCCCUAAGUUUUCUAAUAGGAUUCAUAUUCAGUCUGAUGGUCGAACUACCAACGAGUGCUUUGCAGAAACUAACCUUACCUAAAAAAAAAGACAAUAACUCGGAGGAGCAGAUUAAAGAAACGGAGCUGUUGAGGGUUGAUACUACCCAAUCUCAAGAAAACACUCAAACUCAUAUUUAAACGGUA